UUGUAUGAAUUGUGUCGCGACGUUGAUUGGAGUUCGAGGUCGAAUCUCGCUCCUGGAAUUGCGUCGAUAUCGAAACAAGCCAAAGAGUGAAACUAGAAGAAAAGCUUAUGGAAAAUAUCAGACACUUUCCACUCCGCACAGUAUGUUCGAUACUCAUAUGGUAACAACAUAAAGUUUUGUAUACAUAUUAGGAAGUUGUUAUUUGAGUUUUGAAGUUAAGAUGUUUGAAAACUGAUUUUCUUUGAGCAUAUUUGAUAAUAUGGCAAAAAAUAUCACAGAAGGCUCUACGCCUUCUGCAGAUAAGGAUGAAUUGUCCGAGACAACAUCUGCAGCCAAUAAAACAGUUGUCUGUAAUGAGAAGGGGAAGCAGGAACCACUACUCGACACCGAUAAAAUUUCUAAAGAAGCUGAAAACACCACUUCUGAAAGAGAAAAAGAUGUACAAUCUGCAGAUGUACAUGACUCCAAACAAAAACUCCAAGAAACUUGUACAUCAGAUUGCAACGGAGAUCCUCAGAAGAAAACUGAUUUUGAAGAAGAAGAAGAAGAAAAAGAAGAAGCUUCCAAGAUGAUCAAACCAGAGACCAAGAAGAACAGUUCCGAAGAAUUCAGUUCUGCAAAACCAAAAUCUAUCAGCGACGAAGACGGAGAAUAUCUCAACAAUACGGCAGCAUUUCCUGAGGUUGACGAAAGAUUGGACGAGAUCUUGAAGGUCGUACACGAGGAUUUACGCAUGCAGAUGAUCCAAAGGCCUGUUAGCGAGUCUGCGACUGACGAUGAAAACGACAGAAAAGAACAGAAGACUGUAACAAACGAAGAAUCUGUUGGAAGAGACGAUGCAGAGGAUGAUAGGAACCAAUCCGCUACUGAAGAGAACGCAGAAGGCAAGGAAACUUCUGCGGAAUCUUCCAAGAAGGCAAAAGAAAGUUCGGAAGUCGGAAUCGUUGGGCCUCCAACCGCCGUUAGCGAGCUGAUAAACGAAGAAGAACUAGGAGGUGAUUCGGCGUUGUCGGCCGAUCAAGAGGAUCAUGUGGUGGAAUGGAUCGAGAAUUCGGUGAAAGUGAUCGCUGAAGACGACAACGACGACGUCAAGACAAAACGCAAGCGACAAAUUUACGAGAAGAAUUCCGGAGAGGAAAAACCAAAAUCAAGGAAGUUCACCGACGUUCCUGUUAUAUCAUCCAGGAAGUCGCAAAAGGUCGUCAGCAACAUAAUAAAGAAGAGCAUUAAAUGGUUGAACAAAAUGCACGCGAUGGAAGGUGCGGUCGAAAAUAGGAGAAAUGUGAACACCGCGGAGGACGACAAGUCGGCGAACGACACGCUGCCGUCGUCACCGAAGAUACCCCAAAAUCAGCAGAACGGCGCCGCCCUUCCGGAGGAGACCGCCGCGGCGCCAGCAACGGUGGCGAGCCACGCUCAUCCCAAGAAGGAGACGAUCGCGAAGAAAGCUGAGAAAACGAAGAGCUCGCGAUCCGACGCCGAGACUCCGGACACAAAGAACAGGCAAUUACUUGCGAGCACGUCGCAAGAGAAGAUCAAAAGCGUCGUAGCCCAGCAACGUCCCACCAGCGCCGAACCGGUCGAAGCUAUUAAGAAGCGGAAAUCCACCAAUGGGCAACUGUCCGUUGUUGGGAACCCUCGAAAGAAGCUUUGCGUCGAUAAGCGCGAGGAAUACAUCUUGGAAGUCGUCGGCGACGACAACGACACGAUCGACGAACUGGUCGCGAGGGCCAAUGAGCUAAAAGCUGAAAUCUUCGCGCUCAAGAAGCUAGCGAAAACCAAAGAAACGGAGUGGAACGACAUUCUGAGCAAGAGAAAGCUCAAAGAGGAAGCGUACUUACGGCUUCAGAGAAAGAUACAGAUAACAAUGUAUAUGGAGAACGACGGCCAAUUGGAAGAGUUGCCGCCAACUUCUUCGUCGUUCGACUCUAUGGAUUGGGAGAACAGCGGCGGCGCAACAACCGUGUCGAAGGAGAAAUCACAGAUCGUGAAGAAGGAAAAAACGACGAAGAACGUCUUGCAGCGAACAACUCCUCCGAAAACUAACGGGGAAAGUACUCGUAAACAGACUGAGAUGUCAAGCUCGGAAAUUCGACAGAUCGGAGAAGGCCGUCAAGGCGCGAUAGUGGAUGUCAAAUCUAUUAUCGCCGAUCACAGGCUCAAACAUCCCGACUCCCAAGUUCCUAGGAGAGGGCGGAGGAUGAGAAAUUCGGUGAACAUCAACCUUGGGACUGGCGGCGCCAUGGUGGAAACGGUAAUGCACAACACCGACUCGAGACCGUCUAGCGCGGAAUCGUGCAAGAGCAAUCCACCUGAUACUGUGAACUACGCUAAAGACAUGCUAAUGCAAUUUGCCAAAAUGAGCCAGCAAGGUGAACCAGUUAGAGUGCCGCAGAAUUACCCGAACGUGACGCUUCAUCCGGUUGCGUCCUUAUCGGCACCUCAGAACACCGCGCCUCAACCAACCGGCUCGUUACUUCAUGGAAUUCUAACGAAGAAGACGCAGUCGCCGAAACCCGCUACCAGUUUGUCGCCUACUUUAGCAAGAUUACUUCAGAAUUCCCCGGCAAACGCGGCAACGGCAGUGGCGUCUACCUCACAGCAAAGUGCCACGACCCAGCACUUGUUCCAGAACUACCAAAAUAAUCUUGACAUGAGCCAGUUUAACAAUAUCUUGUCAUCUUCCAAAGCUCGCACAGAGAUAACUAUAACUCCCGUCGUAAAUACCCCCGCACAAUCUCACUCUAACGAUUUAAUUCAAAUGGAGGACGUAGAAGAAGAAACUGAUGACAGGGGAGGCAGUUCGAUCAGCGCCAAACAAGUAGUAAAAGAUAAUCCACCUUCACCGAGCACCCCGCCCAAAUGUCAAGGAUGCUUGGUUCGUCCCGCGCAAUUUGUCUGCGCUGGAUGCGCAAAUCAGUGGUACUGCAGUCGUACAUGUCAGCUCGGCGCCUGGCAAACGCACUCCGACUACUGCCCGCCAGAAUCGGAAAACGGCAAGACAAAGACCGGCGUUUAACGCCCGACAUCCUUGGGCGUUCGAUGUGUACAACGACAUCAGGCAAGAUACACCAGGCAAAGUAUGAAUCUAGUCAAGAAAUGAAAUGCGAAAGAAUAUACGAGUGUAAUUUCAUAUCGAGUGAUUGAGCGAGUGUGUGGCGCACGAGACGUAGAGACUUUGAGGAAAACGAAAAAAAAAAAAAAAAUAAUUAACGCGUCGCGUAUUUAUUUAAGUUAAUCGAGAAGAGAUACCCUCGUUGAGAUGAAAGGAGAAUGAUGUUUUCGUUCUGCUGACGAAUUUACUACGGCAUUUACUGACUCCCUUUUUAAAGGAGGAUAUUCCACGCUACACUUUCUUCUCUUUACAGGACAAAAAACAAAUCACAAAACUUCCUAUACUUGCUCGAGCUGUAGUUGACAAAAAUUUAAUAAAUAUAAAAAAAAAACAAUACUAAUGAUUAUGAAACCGCGUGUUACAUAUAAGACUUUAUCAAGUAAGCCGCGAUAAUUGAUUUUACUAGUCGAUAGUUUUCGAGUUCUUUGAAAAAAAAAAAAAAAAAAAAAAA